UAUAAGAUUCUAAAAAUAAUCUAUUUUUAGAACAAGUAUAAUUCUAGAAGAAUACAAUUAUAGAAUAAUAUAGAGUGUGUAUUUUUUAAUCACUUUAUACUAACUUUCAAGUUAUAUAUUAUUAAUUCUUGCUUUUAUAUUGUAACAAUCUUUAGUUAUUCUCAAACAAGUAUGGUAACAUGAUUAUGGUAGCUAGUGAAGGGAAAUGCUUUCCCCUAACCCCCUUUCUCUCUUUUGUGCCGUCCUCCUUUGCUUCCCUCUUGCCCUUGUGUUCACCAUUUCCUCCAAUCCCUCCUAUAUUGUUACUAAUAUUGUUAGUUACAACCUUGUAACACCAUCGCCACCGCCGCUUCCACCACUGUUAUCACCUCCUCCUCCUCCACCAACGAUACCAUCACCACCACCGCCACAACCUAGGCCCAUUGUACCCCCAAAAAUCCCAACAAAAAAAGAAAACACCACUACUCCUACAAAUAAAACAACUUCUAAACCACCUAUUAUCAAACAACUUUCACCGCCACCACCAUCGCUUCCCGAGGAUGACAAGGAGGAUGUGGACCUCCUUAAACAAGCAUCAAAGGUUAGCCCGAACCUGACCAAAGGCCACCUAAAAAAGGUGGCAUUUUUAUUUUUGACUGUCAGUCCACUCCCAUUUGCGCCACUCUGGGAGUUCUACUUUAACCAGAGUGGCGCAGGGAGUACUAAUACUAAUAAAAGCAAGUACAACAUAUACAUACACGCAGACCCAAACUCCCGAUACGACCCUCCAUUUACCGGGGUCUUCUCAGGGCGCGUGAUACCGUCAUCCAAGCCCACGCGCCGGAACACUCCAACACUCAUUACCGCAGCGCGUAGAUUGCUGUCCCACGCGCUCCUCGACGACCCCGAUAACUACAUGUUCAUCCUCCUCUCAGCCGCGUGCAUUCCCAUCCACUCAUUCAACUUCACAUACACCAAACUUGUGUCAUCAAACAAGAGCUUUAUCGAGAUUUUAAGCAACGAGACGACAGCAUGGGGGAGAUGGACGGCGCGUGGGGAGUCCGCAAUGCUUCCCGAGGUAAGUUUCCAUGAUUUCCGCAUAGGGUCACAAUUCUGGUUUCUCACGCGCCACCACGCGCGUGUGGUGGUGGAAGAUGUGAAAUUAUGGCGGAAGUUUCGGCUACCAUGCGUGACGCUUGGCACGUGCUACCCUGAAGAGAAUUACUUCCCUACAUUGCUCUCUAUGGUGGACCCACAUAAUGUGGUCCCCGCCACACUUACUAACGUGAACUGGCGAGGACGGCAUGACGGUCACCCGCGGACUUACAAUGCGACGGAAGUGGACCCGGGGUUGAUCCGAUGGCUGAGAGAAGGUAGACCAAGAUAUGGAAGUGUAAAGAUCAACGGCUCUGAUUUGUCAGUGAGUCAUAGGUGGGACCCGUUUUUGUUUGCUAGAAAGUUUGCUCCAAAUUGUGUAGAACCACUGUUGAGAAUAGCUAAGGAUUUCCUAUUCAAAGAUUAGGUUGUCCAAUUCAAAAAAAAAAAAAACAAAAAAAAAGGGGGAAAAAUAGUGUGAAUUUUAUUUUAUUAUGGUAAAGUUAUGUAAGUGUGAAUUUUAUAUAAAGUAGUGAAAGAAAAAAGCCAAAAGGGUUGUUUUUUUUCUAUUUAUAGAAAUUUUAUCCUUUUGAAAUUC